AUGGCAGCCGGUCAAGACGUUCAAAUUGAGCUGCAGAAGCCGAAUGAGAGCCAUAUAGAGGUAUUACGUCGAGAGCAACCUACUUUUGAAAUCCCGAAUCAGAUAGACAAGAUUGUGGAUCGAAAAUUCGAUACGCAUAUCAUCCCCUGGCUUUUUGGUAUAUGGCUAUUUGCGUUCAUAGAUCGAAGCAAUAUCGGUAAUGCGAAGAUAGACGGGCUUAUACAGGAUCUCCAUCUAGACGGAGACAAGUUCAACAUUGCCCUUGUGGUGUUUUACAUUCCUUAUAUUCUAGUUGAUGUCCCUAGUAAUUGGGUAGUCAAACAUGUCCGAGCAGGGAUCUUCCUUCCUGCUCUGAUCACCGCAUGGGGCUUGACUAGCACAUGUCUAGGCUUCACAAAGUCCUUUACCGGACUAGUUAUUGCUCGUCUUGCACUUGGCCUCUGCGAGGGUGGCCUUCUCGGUGGCAUGAUCGUAUACUUAGCCAUGUUCUAUCGACGGCAUCAGAUGCUUUAUCGUAUAGGUCUUUUCUACUGCGCGGCUCCGUUAAGUGGUGCUUUCGGUGGACUCUUAGCUACUGGACUCGCCAAGAUUGAAUAUGGUGGUUAUAACAACUGGCCGUGGAUAUUUUUCAUUGAGGGAAUCAUUACCACAAUUUUUGGGAUUAUCUGCUUUUUCACAAUGCCUCAUACUCCCGCAGACGCGAAGUUUUUGACGGAGGAAGAGAAGAUUGUAGCUCUUCACCGCAUGAUGGAAGACUCACACGGCGCUACUGAUACUGAGAAUGUCAAUGAAGAGCGUUUCGAUUGGCAUUGGGUCCGUAUGGCUAUGCUUUCCCCGCAAACUUGGUUUUGCUCAUUCGCAUGGUUUUUCCUCUUAAUUCCUCUCUACAUUCUAUCGGUGGAAGGAAAUAAGGUCAUGCUAACAAUCGACUCGCAGAGUUUUUCUCUCUUCUUGCCUUCUAUUAUCUCUGGAAUGGGAUACAAAUCGACGACGGCCCAAUUGUUCACUGUCCCACCAAACAUCGCUGCUUUUGUCUUGGUUCUUCUUACUUCAACUUUAUCUGAUAAAAUAAAGGCACGAGGCCCGAUUAUGGUUGUCGGAUGUGUGUUAGCCAUGGUUGGGUAUAUUAUGCUUCUAGCCGCUAAGACAAAUAGCGUUCGCUACGGAGGAACCUUUCUAGUUGCUAUUGGAGUGUAUCCCGGUUCUCCAAUGAUCAUGGGCUGGUUAUCCAAUAAUCUAGCACCCCAUUAUGUUCGAGCAACGGGCAUUGGCUUUCAAAUUGCCUUUGCAAACUGCUCUGCCUUUAUUGCAACAUUUAUUUAUCUAUCCCAAGACGCGCCCGACUAUACCCUUGGCCACUCUGUAAGCUUGGGCUCCCUUGUAUUAUGUAUCGUCACGGUUGUUCUCCAGAUUCUUUAUUGCCGGUGGGAAAACAAGCAACGUGAGAACGGCUCUCGAGAUUACCGUCUACAUGAAGGAAGUGAACAUUGGUUAGGACAUACGCACCCCGCCUUUCGCUACACGAUCUAA